AUGCAUAAUGUCCUGGCUCCGAGCGGCCUCCCGACACCACCAUCGUCGCCCCUGUCGUUUGACUAUCCCAAGUGCGCGCAGCCCAACCUCUUCCAGCAGCAACAGCAACAGCAGCAACCUCAGUCAAUACGCACACAACAACAGCAGCAGCAACGCUACGUCCCGGUAGCGCCCGCGGACCGGAUUGGCACCUACCUGGGCAACCUGCAGCUGACGGGCAUCAUCGGCACCGGCGCUUAUGGCGUGGUCUACGAGGCCGUCGACGUCAAGACGCGCGCGCGCUAUGCGGUCAAGGCGCUGAGCAAGCUCAACGCCGACGGCACGCCGCUGGAGGCGCGCCAGAUUGACUACCAGACGCGCGAGAUCCGGCUGCACUACGAGGCGUCGGCGCACCCCAACGUGGUGUCCAUGCACCGCAUCAUCGACGUGUACCCGGACUGCCUGUUUGUCGUGCUCGAGUACUGCGCGGAGGGCGACCUGUUCUACAACAUCACCGAGUGCGGCCACUUUGUCGGCAAGGACGAGCUGGCGCGCAAGGUGUUCUGCCAGAUCCUGGACGCGGUGCAUUUCUUGCACAGCAAGGGCAUCUACCACCGGGACCUGAAGCCGGAGAACAUUCUGGUGGCGGACCGCGGCGAGACGCUCAAGCUGGCGGAUUUCGGGCUGGCCACAGCCUCGGAGCGAUCGGAGGACUACGGAUGCGGCUCGACAUUUUACAUGUCGCCUGAAUGCCUGGGACAAAACUCCAAACGCCCCUACUACUACUGUGCGCCCAACGAUGUCUGGAGCCUGGGCGUCAUCCUCGUCAACCUGACGUGCGGCCGCAACCCCUGGAAGCAAGCCUCCACGGACGACUCGACGUACCGCGCCUACGCGCGCAAUCCGCGGUUCCUCAAGACCAUCCUGCCCCUGUCGGACGAGCUGGACGACAUCCUGGCCCGCAUCUUUGCCAUCAACCCGGACCAGCGCAUCACCCUGCCCGAGCUCAAGCAGCGCAUCCUGGCGUGCCCGCGCUUCACAGUGUCCCCGCAGGAACAGGCAGCCGCUGCCGCUGCUGCCGCUGCUGCCGCUGCUGCCGCGCAACAGCAGCAGCAGCAGAUCCAGAUCCCUGUCAACGUCUUCACGCCACCUACGACGACACCCCAGCACAACUUCAACGGGUAUGAAGCGUCGUGUGCCUCGGACUACGCCAUUGUGGAUGACGACGACGAGGAGGAUGCUGCCUAUGCCGAGGACGACGAGUACGACGAAGUGGCCUCCGAGGAGGACGACAGCGUGUUUGACAAGGCCGACCGGCCGCUGACGCCCGCCUCGUCUGUUGACGAGAUUGACGAGAUCUUUGAGGACGUGGACACCAUGGACAGCGUUUCUACCGCGGUGGUCGAGGUCGAGGUCGAGGAGGUCGGCGUCCAGGACUGCCCCUCGCCAGCCGUCUCCGACGACUGCGUCUCCCUGGGCGACGUGUCCCUGGUGGCCGACGACGAGGACAGCGAGCUCUACGAGUGCCAGGAUUUGCCCGAGAUCGUAACCCCGCCGCCGCCCUCGGUGGCCGUGCGCCCGCCUCCCUUUUCGCAGCAGGUCGUCUUCCAGGCAUCGUCUCCUGCGGCUGCUGCUGUUCCCCCGCCGUUCCAGCCCAUCCAACAGUGCCUGCCUCCGACCCCCGUCUUCUUUGAGGCCGAGGACGCCGCCAUGCUGGGCGUCGACGCGGUUAGCACCCCGGCCGCCUUCCAACACCACCAGCAGCACCAGCAGUUCUUGCAGCAGCAGCACGCCCCCAUCUACCACUUCCAGGCAUCACCACCAUCACCUCCAGCGGCCGCUACCCCUACCCCUACACCCGCAGCAGCAGCACCCGUGUCUAUGUCUCCCGCUGCGCAACAGCAGCUGCCUCUGCCACCCCCACCACCGCAGCAGGCACCCAUGUCGCAACAGCAGCUCCACCAGCAGCAGCAGGCCGCCGCCCUGGGCUCCAAGUUCUUCUUCCCGUCCAUCUGGGACUGGGUCCUGAGCAAGAACGCCGCCGUCCAGGGGCACGUCGUGCAGCCCCUGCUGCAGCAGCAACUGCACCACCCAAACCACCCUCACUAUUCGUCGCAUCACCAGCAGCACCAGCAGCACCAACAACAGUGGGCUGCGGCGAUGCACCACAGCCAUCACCUCGCGGGCUUCCACAACCCCAUGCCCAUGUUCAACAUGCAGGGCUGUUAUUAA